UCGGCUCAAGUCCGCAGUGUUUCUGGAGCGAAUGUCUGCUGAAUGUCCACUAUAUCCAAUUAACUUUACUUCAGUUCAUCUUUGAUCGUUUUCAAAAUUCCUCCCAUCACAAAUUCACCAAAGGGAACCUGAAUGCAGCACGCGCUUGAUUGACGGAACGGGACAACAUGGCAGCCGCUUCGGGCCGCUACUACGGAGACGGCGGCCGAGCAUCGAAAAGACAGAAAACUGAGGACGGAGGAAUGACAACGGAGAGCUACGAUGACCCGCACAAGCCGCUGCCCUCCCCGGUGGUGCACAUCAGGGGGUUGGUGGACGGAGUCAUGGAGGCUGACCUGGUGGAUGCCCUGCAGGAGUUUGGUGCAAUAAGUUAUGUGGUCAUGAUGCCUAAAAAGCGGCAGGCCCUGGUGGAGUACGAGGACGUGAACGCGUCCUGCAACGCCGUGACGUUUGCUGCAGAAAACCAGGUCUACAUCGCCGGCCACCCCGCCUUCAUCAACUACUCCACCUCCCAGAAGAUCUCCCGGCCUGGAGACUCGGACGACACGCGGAGCGUCAACAAUGUUCUGCUGCUCACCAUCCUGAACCCCAUCUAUCCCAUCACCACGGAUGUUCUCUACACCAUCUGUAACAACUGUGGUCCCGUCCAGAGGAUCGUUAUCUUCAGAAAGAAUGGCGUUCAGGCCAUGGUGGAGUUUGACUCGGUCCAGAGUGCCCAGAGGGCUAAAGCCUCUCUCAACGGAGCAGACAUCUACUCUGGCUGCUGCACUCUGAAGAUUGAAUAUGCCAAGCCAACACGCCUUAACGUCUUCAAGAACGAUCAGGACACAUGGGACUACACAAACCCCAACCUGAGCAGCCAAGAUGCUGAUGGGGAAGGCAAUUGGAACAAUUCACAAGAUCCCAACGCCAAUCCCAACAAACGGCAGAGGCAGCCCGCCCUGCUGGGUGACCAUCCCCCCGACUACGGUGGCCCCCAGGGCAGCUACCAUGCCUACAAUGAUGAUGCCUAUGGCCCCCCACCUCCCCAUCGCCUGAACUCAAGUAUGGGCGGCCGGGGGCGGGGCGGCCAACGAUACGGUGCAGGAUACGGGCCCCCCCCUCCUGACUACGGUCCUCAUGCAGACUCUCCUGUUCUUAUGGUGUACGGCCUGGAGCCCUCAAAGAUCAAUGCUGACAAAGUGUUCAACAUCUUCUGUCUCUAUGGCAACGUGGAGAGGGUCAAGUUCAUGAAGAGUAAACCUGGAGCGGCAAUGGUGGAGAUGGGAGACUGUUACUCCGUGGACAGAGCCAUCACUCACCUCAACAACAACUUCCUCUUUGGACAGAAACUUAAUGUUUGUGUGUCUAAACAGCAGGCCAUUGUCCCGGGACAGUCUUAUCAGUUGGAAGACAACACCAGCAGCUUCAAAGACUUCCAUGGAUCACGCAACAACCGCUUCACCUCCCCUGAGCAGGCGGCUAAAAACCGCAUCCAACACCCCAGCAACGUUCUGCACUUCUUUAACGCCCAGCCUGACAUCUCUGAAGAAACCUUCAGCCAGAUCUGUGAAGAACUGGGAAUAAAGAGUCCUGCAAGCGUGAAGCUUUUCACUGGAAAGAGUGAGCGCAGUUCCUCCGGCCUGCUGGAGUGGGAGUCCAUCAAUGACGCCAUGGAGGCACUCGCUAUGAUCAACCAUUAUCAGAUGAAAAACCCCAGUGGCCCAUACCCCUACACACUGAAGCUGUGUUUUUCAACCACACACCAAACAAAUUAACACCCCCCCCCCUUCCCCCCGUUUUGUACUGUUUGGUGUUUUUGCAUAGGCUCUACCACAAUCCUGCUGUCACACUUUUGAAUUGAUGCCAACUAAAAUAAGACUAAAUGUGCUUUAGAAAAUGUUAAUUAAAUGAUGUGUUUUUUUAAUAUAGACACCCCCCCCCCUCCGUUUGUUGAUUUUGUUUUUGUUGUCAGUUUUGUAUGUUCACUGCAGCAUCUUGGUUCACUUCAUCUUUGUAUUUGGUUUUUAAAUAAAUUGAUAACAAUA